AUGGCCUCAAACAACAGAAACUGGGGAAUGGUUAUUGGUAACCCUCCUCACAAGGAUGAUGAAGACGGAGAGCUUGAGGUAGAAAUGCCAAUGCAAAUUCGGUAUGAUCAAAUGAGAAAUGUUGUACUGAAUUCUUCGGAUUUGAAUCUUGAACUGAAAUCAAUGAAACAUCAGUACAAUACUGAAAGCUCUGUGAGCAUUGGCCAGGAUAUUGUAAUUCCCAUUCCAACACCAACUAAGCUUUCCCUUGCUGAAGAUAUCUCAUCACCAAGACAAGAACCAUCAGCAAACAAUACGAUUAACAACGAUCUCAAUUCCAUCAAUGCAUCACUCUCUGCUGUACAACUACAAGAGGAUUCCUCAGUAUUUUCUCCUUCAAUAUUUAUCCACAACAAACAAAAAACUGUUAUUAACCGAAAUAAUAAGGAAUGGAUUGAGGCUCAAAAACCUGAGGUUUUAGAGCUUGUUAAGGAAGAAUUUGAGCAUGAUGAUUUAACGAAUAUGAGAGAGAGGCUGCGUGCCUUGGCUAGAGAUGAAAAGGAGGCACUAAAAAGAAGAUCCAAAUUAGCCCGAUGGCUGUCCUCGGUUCGAUCAUGGUGGGGAGGAAAUCGAUAUCAUCGCUACCUCGCUCGGUUCAACCCCUUUGCUCGGUCACUUUCCGUGAUUGAACACAGGUUUGGAAGCGGAAUUGCUACCUAUUAUGACUUUUUCUAUUCGGUCAUUAGAAUGAAUUUCUUCUUGUCUGUGUCCUGUUUUAUUUUGCUAAUUUUACCAUGGUUACUAAGGAAACCAGCAGAAUGGCCAGACAUUUGGAAUUUAGACCUAUUCCUUGGUAUUAUAGGAUCCAAAUCAAACAUGAUAGGUCAAACAUUUUUCUUUUUUGGAGGAUACGAAGAUCGGCUAGUGCUUUUCUCGACAGUUAUUUGGCCUUUUGCCUUUGUGUACAUAUUUGUGGUCAUUCUUAACUUUAUUAUUGCAAUUAUCAUAAUUUGUAGAAGUAUUGGAGCCAAGGUGACGAAUGUCCGUCGAGCAGAUGAUCGUAACAUUCGUUAUUUAUCUGCUGUGUUCAAUAGUUUUUCAUUUAGCGUAAAUACAAAACAAGGAGUGAAAGAUUUGCAAAGAUAUAUUGCUGCAAAACUUCAAGAAUACAGAAAUGCAGAUUUUGCGAAAGAGGCUGUCGUAUCAAGUAUGACCAAGAAAGAAAUUGCGAUUCUUGUCUUGAGAAGAGUGAUUGGCAUCUCUAUCAGCGGAUUAAUAGUUCUUGGAACUCCUGUUGGCGUCUCUUUUAUUGUGCAAUAUUAUGAUGUUAUUGAUGCAACUUUUCCUUACACAACAUCACUCCUAUCUUCUUUCAUUUCAUUAUUCUUUCCAAUAAUUAUUUCAUACAUGGUUGUAUUAGAAGCUUAUGCAGAACGAUCUACAAGUGAAUGGAACAUAAUUAUAAGAACUUUUAUUGUGAAAAUGUCAACCACAGUGGCUCUCAUGAUUCGACAAUUGUUUUUGUCCAACGAUGGCGGAAAAUGUGUUCAAACGGAAGCUGGUUUGGUUUUUUGGCAAAUGAUAUGGAUUGAAUUUGGUAUCAACAUGUUCAAGACAAUCGUUUUCACACCUAUUCGAUACAAAAUUGGACGUCAAUGCACAAUGAAGAAGAGUGCAGAUGAAUACGAGGCAAACAGACGUGGUAAAUUGGAGUUUUCUGUGCCAGAUCAUGUUAUUGAGCUUCUCUAUCGACAGAGUUUAAUUUUUGUUGGCAUGAUUAUGUCACCAAUGAUUCCCAUUGCAGGGUUGAUUUCGAACUUUAUUCUCUAUUUUGCAAAAUAUUUGGUGAUGAAGUAUGUGUGUAAAUUCCCAGACAAUCCUUUUGAGAGAGGCAGAAGUAGCCCUUUUAAUCUGAACAUGUUGCUUGUGACUUUUGUCCUUUGUUUGGUGCCACUAGGUUUCUUCUUGUUCCAAUCAUCAGGAAAUGUUUGUGGUCCAUUUAGAGCAUCCAUUCUCGCUUCAGAACAGAUGCCUGUAGAGGCAGCUAUGAACUCGUUGUCCAUGGCAUUUGCUUUUUAUCAGGAUGAAAACGCUGCCAUGACAUGGGAAAAUAUUUUGUUUUAUGCCACUCACAAAAUAACUCUGGGUUCUCUUGUUGCCUUAUUUCUUAUAAUUUCUUAUUUCCUUGCAAAAUUUACCAGUAUGUUCAGAUUGAAAUAUUUAGCAGCAGAGCAAAGAGCAAACUUGGAACGAAAAGAAAAAUUCCUUAUUGUUCGAGAAUAUGUACAUAGAACGAACGUAAAAUAUUGUUAA